CAUAUAAAGAAUCCAAGAUUAUUUUCUUGAAUUUGUCGAACUCUAUUUGCAACUCUUCAAAGGGUGCAUUAUAUAUAUCUCAUCAAAAGCCAAGAGAAAACAAAUUAAGAUAUAUCAGAGAAAGAAAAAAUGGAGAAUGAGAUUAGCAACUUCAUCAAGACUUGGCUUACAGUUUUAAUCUCUCUGUAUUAUUGUUAUGGUCUGGGUCAGAGAAUUCCAAAAGGGACUAGCAGAUUCUUUUGUUUACUCCCAGUAAUCUCCCUCUUUCUUUAUCUUCCUCUCCAUCUUUCCACUAUGCAUCUUGGAGGUCCAACAGCUUUUUUCAUUGCAUGGCUCGCUAAUUUCAAGCUAUUGCUCUUUGCUUUUGGCAAGGGCCCUUUGUCUUCAUCAUUGUCUCUUGCACACUUUGUUGCUGUAGCUUGCCUACCUAUCAAGCUCCAGCAAAUUUCAUUUCCAAAAUCAGCUAAGAUGUUUCAAGAUGGUGAAAAAUCUUCUCUAAAUUACACCAUAAAAUCUCUUCUUCUGGCUCUUUUGAUCCAUGUUUAUAGAUAUGAAGACCACAUCAACCCAAAGACUGUACCUUUUUUAUAUUGUCUCCAAGUGUACUUAUCCCUUGAACUGCUUCUAGCCAUAAUGGGAACUCUGGCUCUAGUCUUACUAGGGCUAGAGCUGGAGCCACAGUUCAAUGAGCCAUACUUCUCAUCCUCCUUGCAAGACUUCUGGGGCAGAAGAUGGAACCUUACUGUUUGCGGUAUUCUUCGACCCACCAUCUAUGAACCCACCCGCAAUAUUGCCACGUGUCUUAUGGGCAGAUACUGGGCCCCAAUUCCGGCAGUCUUGGGGACAUUUAUUGUGUCAGGUCUCAUGCAUGAGCUCAUAUUCUACUACCUUGGGCGUGAGAAGCCCACAUGGGAGCUUACAUGCUUCUUUCUCCUUCAUGGAGUGUGCCUGGCGAUUGAGGUUGCUUUGAAGAAGGCAUUUGCACGAAGUUGGCAGUUGCCACGGCAAAUCUCAGGACCUUUGACUAUAGGAUUCGUGAUAGUUACCGGUUUUUGGCUGUUCUUGCCAUCACUGCAACGUUGUAAGGCUUUCGAAAGAUCAUCCAUAGAGUAUGCUGCUGCAGUUGAGUUCCUGAAGAAUGCCAGUCAGGACAUCCAGAAUUUUGUGAUACCCACAUUGGCACUCGUGUGA